AUGUUAAAAUUUAACCAACAAUCGAAAACUUCAAUUAACAAAUCCUCUAUUUUUGUUCCUACCUACACUAGCGAAAUCAGUCGUCAGGAUUAUCAAAAGAGCUCUUUAAAUAAUAUUUCUAUAAUUGAGCCCGAAAGUAAACAUGAAAUAGCAAGUCACAAGAUGCUAUCUUCAUAUGAUAGCCAUUACUUGAAGCCAAGACCGCUAAUUCGAAUUCCUGAAAUAGGUGAUAAUUAUGUGCCUAAAAAAAGAAAAAUUGAAUUCAAGGGAGGAUAUGACGUUCAAGUGCUUUCGCGAAUAGGAAAAGAUGUUGAUUCUUUGAGUCCAGAGUUUCCUUUAUUUCAAGAAUUAGGUACCGUAAACAUUCAUGCUAUCACAUUAGCUCUAAAAUCUCAAAUCCCUGGUGAGGUUAGACAAGCUUUAGACAAAUUAGCUCUUGUGUCUUCUAAUCCUAGUCAGAAUAUCUUUUUAAAAGAGUCUCCCGGAUUAACACAUGCUUUAGGCAAUUUAGGUCUUGAUUUACUUGAUAAUCUGGAACAAAACAAAGCAAAUGACACAGUAAGUACUGUAAAACCGCUUUCUUCAUCCGAAGAAGAAGACGAUGAAGAUUCCGAUUUGAUAUCUAGUGUGUUUAACGCUUAUCGACAUUGGGAAACAUCCGACAAAGAUUUGAUAUUUCAUGUGGACUCUAUGACAGGGGACCCUGCAGUAAAGAACAAAAACGAAAACGCUAUCAACCGACUGGAAAAAAUUAUACAAGAUGAUGAUACAAAUUUUAAUAACGAAAUGGAAAUAACAACAAACACUAUCAAUAGGUCGUAUUUUGAACUUGAGCAGCAACCUUUUGGGUUUAAGUCAUAUAUUGAUCUUUUAGAAAUGAGCAAGAAUGAACUUGAUAGUCUCCAUUCAAAAGAUAUGUCUUACUUCGAUAUAUAUUGGGACAAUGCAGUGUUUGACAGAAUUGUUUGUAUCACGAUGAUUUUACGCAAUUUAUCAUUUUGUGAUUCAAAUCAAGCUCUGCUUGUCGAAGAAUCUUCUAUAAUGAAAUUUAUUUUUAAUUUGAUUCGAUAUUUAGCAAAUAACUCCGAAAAUAUGUCCAUUAAACGCAAACAACUUAAUAUUCAAAAAGAUGUUAUCACACUUUUAUCUCAACUUGGUCUUCAUAUUAUAUUACCAACUCCUGCAGACGCAUUUACAAUACUUCUUUUAAUUUUGUCUUUUUCUUCAGAACCUGACCCUUUUAAUGGCAAAAAAAUGUCACCAUCUUACAACGGUUGCAUUUUAUUUAAAGAAUAUGAUCCUUCAACAGAUAAGUAUUUGCCUUGUGCAGUUGAUGCACUUGCAAAAAUAAUACCUCGAGAUCCACCUAACCGCUCAUAUCUUAAAGAAGUUUUGCUUAACACAUGUCAAGACGAAGAAUAUUUAAAUUUGUUAAAUCGAUAUCUUAAGGGUCGCACUCUACACCCAUAUGAGUUUUUAACUAAAACUUUUGCUUUUACUAUGUCUGUGAUCCCUAGGAGUGACUUCAGCUUCAUUCCGAAAUCCUUAGAGCUACGAGCAUCUUUACUACAACAAACUUUUCUGAUAGCUGAUAAUUUGGUAUCUAUGAUCCCAAAAUAUGGAUGUUUUGAUGACAUUAUUUUAUCUUUCGAUGUUGAAAAAAACUCAAUUAAUCCUAUCGCUGCAGUUCUUGAACUUCAAAAAUCAUUCAACGUCAGCUAUUGGUGGCUUGAAUCAGUUGAAAGUUUGGGACCUGUUUUACUGAGAGCAACCAGUGCACUUAGUUCAACUAACACAAGUAAUUAUACUGCGACAGAAAUGAAUCCCUUUCUUAAAAUCACUUUAAAAUCUAUUUCAAUUCUUCGGUCUUUGCUUCAAAAAUCAAUUUCUUUUCAAUCUGCUAUUAGCAAUGACAGAAUUUCCAACGACCAACUUUCCAACUCAGCACACAAUUUUCCAACAGUACUCAAAUAUCCUCUUGGAAUAUUUCCUUCAACAGAGUUCUUGUUUGGUGCACUUUUGACUGAUAAUAUGAACGAUGAAAUAAUUUCACAGUUAUGCCAAUUUGAGGAAGAAUAUUCUGCUUAUUAUCGAUCCGACUAA